CGAGUAUCCAAGGACGGCGUGGUGCAUUGACCAACAAACACCCCUUCCAGGUUCCUAAUACUAGCAGGGAAAGAUACAUGGUCCGAAACGGAGGGAACUACCUAGCUAGGUGGCAGGCCGCAUACGACUAGGUACCGAAAUCGACCCGAUCCUGUUGAACCUCCCGCCACUCCACGCUAAAACGCCAAUCCAUGCGAAAACUAGGGAUUAGGCUCUGGAUUUGUUGUACCAGCCCGGAGUCAAUCUACCUCCGUUCUACAGUACCUCGUGCAUUAUCUCUCCGAUCUGAGCGUCAGCGUACUGAUUUAUCGGUCAUUUUUAUUCCUUUUCUGGGGCUGAGCGUCCUUGCUAACUUAUUCAACUGGUUGCGAGGGAACGUCCACAUGCCCGGUUGUGUGUGACUGGGGCCCUUGGAGUUUCUGUCCCUCCCAGCAUGGCAAGAUCGGAGAUUAUAGGGGUCCCGACGGUCUUACGAUGAUCUCACUUAGCUUUGGGGGGGGGGUUCGAUCAGCUGAUUUCAAA